UCGAUCGCAUCGCGCUCCCAACACCAUUCAUCAAUCGACACAGCCCUUUGCUUUUAGGCUCCAGAUCGUCUGCCACUACGUCCUUCCACUGCGGUAAGCAGCCCUGCCACUCAAAUUGCCGCUUCGCGACUUGAUACAUCCACCGCACAAAGACGACUGAGGCGAGCUACCCUGCCUCGACGCUCGCCAUGUCGUUCAAAAAGGACGAAGAGGGAGGCACCUCCUUCUAUCAGGAUAAGACAUCGGUAAUCCAAGAAGCCAGGGUGUUCAACGAGACGCCCAUCUCUCCUCGGAAAUGUCGCAUCGUUCUCACAAAGAUCGUGUAUCUGCUAUACACUGGAGAGACCUUCAGCAGGCAGGAAGCCACUACGUUGUUCUUUGGUGCCACAAAGCUCUUCCAACACAAGGAUCCCGCUCUGAGGCAGAUGGUGUAUCUCGCGAUCAAGGAGCUCUGUCCGCACGCAGAUGAUACCAUCAUGGUCACGGCAUCCAUCAUGAAGGACAUGCAACCAAACGUAGAGGUCAUCUACCGACCCAAUGCCAUUCGCGCACUCUCUAGGGUCGUAGACCCAUCCAUGGUGCAGGGCCUCGAGAGGUUCUUCAAGUCUGCCAUCGUCGAUCGCAACACCUCCAUCGCAUCUGCAGCUCUGGUCUCUGCCUACCAGCUGCACGUCGCAGCGCGCGAAGUGGUGCGCAGGUGGGGCAACGAAGCUCAAGAUGCCAUCACCAUCAAGCCAGCAGCUGCAAUCGGAGGCGGCGGCGGCGGUGGUGGUUUUGGCGGAGCUGGCAGCUACCUGGGCUGGGGUGCCUCUUCCCAACCCACUCCCGCUCAGAGCGCCUACCAGCCCAUCCCCAGCAGCAGCAACAUCACACAGUACCACGCCGUUGGUCUGCUCUACCUCAUCCGUCAGGGCGACCGCAUGGCGGUCACCAAGCUCAUCCAGCAGCUUUCCGGUGCAAGCGGCGGUCGCGGAGGAUCCGUCAGCCCUCUUAGAAGCCCCUUUGCCAUCUGCAUGCUUGUUCGAUAUGCAGCCAAGGUCGCGGAAGAUGAUCCCAACUUGCGCGCUCCAAUGGUCGAGCUGCUCGAUGGCUGGCUGCGCCACAAGUCAGACAUGGUCAACUACGAAGCAGCUCGCGCCAUCUGCGAAAUGCGUGGUCUGACCUCCGUCGAGCUCAGCCGAUCCAUCGCCGUCCUUCAACUCUUCUUGUCUAGCCCCAAGUCCACCCUGAAAUUCGCCGCCAUCAGGACUCUGGCCAAACUGGCUCAGACACAGCCAGCGGCUGUGCAGCAGUGCAAUGUGGACAUGGAGAAUCUGAUCACAGAUUCCAACCGCAGCGUAGCUACCUACGCCAUCACCACGCUACUCAAGACCGGCAACGAGGCCAGCGUGGACAGGCUCAUGAAGCAGAUCAGCAGCUUUAUGGCCGAAAUCACCGACGAAUUCAAAGUGAUCGUCGUCGACGCGAUCCGCAGUCUGUGCUUGAAGUUCCCGGCCAAGCAGACGACGAUGCUGGCAUUCCUCUCUGGCGUGCUACGCGACGAAGGCGGGUACGAGUUCAAGAGAGCCGUGGUGGAGGCCAUCUUUGAUAUGAUCCAGUUCAUCGGAGACUGCAAAGAGUCCGCUUUGGCGCACCUCUGCGAAUUCAUCGAGGACUGCGAAUUCACCAAGCUUUCGGUCAGGAUCCUGCACUUGCUCGGCAUUGAAGGUCCAAGGAUGCCUCAACCACAAAGGUACAUUCGCUACAUUUACAAUCGCGUCAUCCUAGAAAACGCCAUUGUCAGAGCUGCUGCUGUCAACGCUCUGGCCAAAUUUGGACUCAAGGGAGCAGAGAAGGCUUUGGUUGACCGGAUCACUGUGCUGCUCAAGCGCUGCUUGGACGACGUCGAUGACGAGGUGCGCGACCGCGCAGCCAUGAAUCUGCGCGUUCUGCGUCAGGAACACUUGGCCGAGAGAUUGGUCAAGGACAAUAGCAUGUUCCGCCUGGAAGCGCUCGAAGAAUCGCUCAGCAACUAUGUCAGAGAUCCAUCUGCCUCCGGAUCCAAGAGAUUCGAUGCUUCCAGCAUUCCAAGAGUCACGAGGGAGGAGACGAGACAAGAAGCGCUGCGAGCCAAGAACGAAGCUGCUAGCAAGGUCGCCAUGGCUGCUGAUGGUCCCAGCACGAGCAAAGCUGGCGCAGCGGCUGCAGCGCUCGCUGCUUCCACCGCAGCGUCCGGACCGGCAGCUGGUGCGACUGCUGCGGAAGCCACAUCCAUCUACGCUCGGGAGCUGGCCAACGUUGCCGAGUUCAAGUCGUACGGCAAGCUGCUCAAGUCUUCCGUCAAAGCUGUGGAGCUGACGGAACGAGAGACGGAGUACGUCGUCAAUGCCGUCAAGCACGUGUUUGAAGAUCACAUUGUGCUGCAAUACAAUGUGACGAACACGUUGCCAGACACACUGCUGGACAAUGUUGCGGUGGUUGUGAAUGGGAACAACGAGAUUGGGCUGAAGGAGGACUUUAUCUUGCCGGCUGCUCGUUUGGACGCUUCCAAUCCGACUGGCCGGGUGUACGUCUCCUUUACACGACUCCCGUCUGAAGAAGCAGAGCAAGAAGGUGACAAUUAUGCACAGGGAACAUUGUCGAACACGCUCAAGUUUCAAUCUAGGGAAGUGGACCCCAGUACGGGAGAAGCGGAAGAGGAAGGCUACGACGAUGAGUACCAGACCGAGGAUUUGGAGUUGGGAGUGGCGGAUUACGUGUCGGAGAGGUACGCGGACUUUGCAAAGGAGUGGGAAGAGCUGGGAAAGAGUGGCACGAGCGCUACAGAGACUUUUGCCCUAACCGCGUUAGAUGGGCUUCAAAAUGCGUGCACGACGCUGAUAGAGCUGUUGGGUAUGCAACCACUGGGGGGAAGCGAGACGCCCACGUCGACCUCUGUGCACACGCUCAACCUGAGCGGAUACGUCGUCAGCUCCAAGGGACCGCUCAAUACGCUCGUGAGAGCGAGGAUGAGCUUCAAGAGUGGAGAAGGCGUCAUUCUGGAAUUGGCUAUACGCGCUCAGGAUCAGAGCGCCGUCAAUUUGGUCCUGGGUGCUAUUGCUUGAGUAGUAGUUCCAAGCCGCUGGAUUUGACCUGCACUCGGACGGCAGCUGGUCGAAAAUGGGCGCUACGCAUCGGUGCAACCGUCGCUAGAACUCCCGACCGCGCGCGCCCGUUCACCUUGUCAUGCGUGCCCCUUCGUUCCACCAUUUACCUCCACCACGAUCGAUCCAAUAAAUUCCACGAUCCCUUGCAUUCCCCUUCUCGCUUGCUUGUCACUUUGUCUUGUCCAUGCUUCGGCAUGUCUGCGUGAUGCAGUGUUCGCUGACGGCAGGCUGGAGAAGUGCGAGGCGCUACGAAUCUUUGGCAACGAUUUGGCGGGGAUGGCAAAGAUGUGGUUGGGGAGGCCAAGGGGGAAAGGAAAACAAGAGCCCUGUGUUGGCGCGAAGGCUGAAGGAUGCCAAUUCAUUGGCAAGUUCGAGUCGUACGACGCGCAAGGGGGGCACAUCGCUAGGAUGGACUCGCGGUCGCGGUCGCGCUCAAAUUGGGG